ACCCGAGUUUCAUAUAACUAAUCAAUCACGUUGCAAUGAAGUAGGAUUGGAUAUGAAAUUGAUUAUGACAUGUCAUACGCGCGCCUUACGUACUUAUUCUGUACGCUGUAUAAAUAUUGGCUUUACUUUCGCUACACUUCGCAUACAUUUACUAAGGUAGGAUCAUAGCAUCACCCAGGAUCUACCUCCUAAAGAAACACCCCUGUAUAAUGUCCACUUUCCAACUGGUUUUACUCGGCCUUUUGAUAGCUGUUAUUUUCUGUGACAAAAGACAGGGUGUGUUUGCACCGUGCCAGGGGUGGGGCGCAGGGUGCACCAGUUACCAUAGUUACAGACCGAUUCCACAGCCCCCUACCCGAAAAAUCACUAGAAAUGUUCACAAGACUCCAAGUUACAUGUUUACGUCAGGUUCAUCAUGGAAGCCAAUUGGAAAACGAAGAGAUGACACAAAGAAAAGAACAUCAUGGUUCACAGACAUUCCAUACCUUAGAAACCCCUUCCUUUCAUACCCCCGACUCAAGAGUGGAUCAGGUAGUCGUAUUAACUCUCUACACCGUGUGGUGUCAUCACAGAGACAACGACAGCCAGAUUUGGUGGAGGUUUAAUGAAAUCUGUGAUCCCUUUCUUUGGAAGGAACAACUCUUUCGAGGGAGAACAACGAAUUUCGAGAAUUGUUCAAUUCAAAUGCAAUAAAAC